AUGCUCGAAAUCAGCACGCCUUCAAGGAGAACCGUCCUCAUCUCCAUAUCCGCGGUCAUCGGUAUCACCACAAUCUCCUCCCUGGCCUACCUCUUCUACCGCGAUAACUACUCUAACGUCACCACCAACCGCAAGUUCCGCGCCCUCCAACGAAACCUCUACGCUCGCCUCCUCCAGAUCGAAGAUAACCUUGACGAUCUCGUCGAGACCGACCUCCGACUGAUCCAAAUCCGCACAAAGACCCUCCGCACUCACCGUAUCCACACAGCCGACGAAGGUGUCAAGCUUCCCUCUUUGGGUCUCAUCAAUGACCAGGACAAGGCCCAGCUCGGGACAGAUAUUGAAGAGACCAAGGAGGAAUUGAUCCGAGAACGUACCCAGGGGUUUGAGGACUUUGCCCGUGUCCGUCAAGGAUACAAGCAGCUCGAUUUGUUGGUCAAGGCUCUCCAUAAGCAGCUGUUGAGACUCCUCGAACGGGCCAAUGCAAUUGAUUUGAGUGAGCUUGCAGAGGUUGGGGAUGAGACGGGAGGAAUUUCGAACCAGAACGAGUCCGAGAUCUUGGUCUUUGAGAAGCUCCGGAAACGCCGUCGAUCGACCUUGGCCAAGGUGCAGAGGGUCAUUGCUCAAUUGGAUCGGAUCCAGGACAGCUACAAGGCGAGGCUGCACGAGAUUAAGGACAUUGAGAAGCUGGAGCGCAUUGGAUUGGAGCCGAGCGAUCAAGUCCAACCCACCGUCGAGAGCGAAAUGAUGAAGGAGGGGGUCACGUUCGCCGAUGUCGCCGCUUUGAACAUUGAAGAGCCCGAGAUCCUGGCACCCACCGAGGAUUUGGAGAAGAUGAAGCAAGGGAUUAGCUUUGCCGACGCUGUUGCCGAGAACCUGCCGAAGGAAGAGGCUGAUAAGCGCAAGGUACAGCCUAAGGAAAAGCCUAAAGCUCAGCCUAGCAUCGAGACUCCCGCCCCCAAGCCCGCCAAGAAGGUUACCGUUGUCGAGGAGCCAGAGGACAAGGAAACCGCCGUCCUUGCCCCGACCGAUGAUUUGGGGUUGAUGAAGGAGGGUGUCACGUUCGCCGACAUCACCAAGGAGAACAUUGAGGAGCCUGAAGUCCUUGCUGUUACCGAGGACUUGGAGAAGAUGAAGGAAGGAGUCACUUUUGCGGAUAUCACCAAGGAGAACAUCGAGGAACCUGAGGUCUUGGCCCCUACUGAGGAUCUCGAGCUGAUGAAUGAGGGCGUUACGUUUGCCGAUAUUGCCAAGGAGAACAUCAAGGAACCCGAGGUCCUGGCCCCUACCGAGGAUCUCAAGAAGAUAAAGCAAGGCCUUACUUUUGCCGAUGUUGUCGCUGAUGAGUGA